CUUCUCUCCUCCUCCUUCUUCUUCUUCUCUCCUCCUCCUCCUCCUCCUUCUCCUUUUCUCCUUGUCAUUCUCCUCGUUCUCCUUGUUCUCCUCCUUCUCUCCGCCACCUUCUCAUCCUUCUUUCCUUCUCUUUCUCCUCCUUCUUAACCUUCUCUUCACAACCUUCUCUCCUCUUUCUUCUCCUCCUUCUCCUUCUCUCCAUAUCGUUCUCCUCCUUCUCUUCCUUUUCGUUCUUCUCCUCCUUCACCUUCUCUUCCUUCACCUUUACUAG